AUGACUGCUACUAGUACUGCAGUAAUGAUAACAACAACAAGAAUUGUUGACGCAACGAUGAUGAAUACAGCAACUAUAACAAAUGGGUAUUUUUCUGACGAAUUGUACUGGCCAAGUGGUUUAUAUUUGGAUGGUAAAAAUCAACAAUUAUAUGUUGGUGAUACAAUCAAUUACCGUAUACAAAAAUUUUCAUUAAAUCAAACAUCACAAUUAUCGAUAAAAUUAUAG